AUGGAUCAGGAUUCAUACAAUCAGCAAUACUUCUCCCGCCAGGUCGCCGGUCAGCCUUCGCAAGCGACCACCGCUGCCGGCACUCCUAUGCGCCCAGGCACCCCCGAGACCAACAACAGCCGCAAUCCCUUCAACGAUGGUGUCGAGUCUCAAGCAUCUCAACGUCCCGGCAUGGGCACAAACCCCUUUGGCACACCAGCCGUCUCCCGUCCCGCAUCAAGCUUCGGCUCCUCCAGCGCCAUUGGCACCCGCUUCGACGAGCGUUCCCAGCGCUACUUCCACUCAAGGCGCAUUCGCAAGGAGGACGUAGAGAAGCCCUGGUUGGACAAGGCCGAUCCCAAGGAGAAAUGGGUCACAAUCAUUCCCAUCGUCGGUAUCCUGCUCGGUCUGGCCAUCUCCGGUUUCCUCAUCUGGGACGGUAUUCACAGUGUCGUCAAGCACCAAUACUGCCCUGUUCUCAUUGAGGACUUCAGCUCUGGCAACCUUGACAGCAAUGUUUGGACCAAGGAGGUCAACGUUGGUGGCUUCGGCAAUGGCGAAUUCGAGUGGACAACCGCCGACGCCGAAAACAUCUUUUUCCAGGAUGGUGCCCUCGUCAUCAAGCCCACUCUCACUGACAACACCAUGAUUGAGAAGGACACUGUCGUUGAUCUGCUCAAGGAUGGAACCUGCACAUCGGACAAGUUCUCUGACUGUGUGGCUGCCACCAACACUACCGCUGGAAACUCCACCAUCGUCCCUCCUGUCAAGUCUGGCCGCCUCAACACCAAGAAGGGUGCCACCAUCAAGUACGGCCGCGUCGAGGUUGUUGCCAAGCUCCCCAAGGGCGACUGGCUCUGGCCCGCCAUCUGGAUGAUGCCUGUCGAAGACACUUACGGCUCCUGGCCUGCGUCUGGCGAGAUUGACAUCAUGGAGUCUCGCGGCAACAACUGGACCUACGAGCAGGGUGGCGACAACAUCAUGUCUUCUGCUUUGCACUGGGGUCCCGACCAAGCCAACGACGCUUGGUGGAGGACCAACAACAAGCGCCAGGCUCUGCACACCACCUACGGCGACAACUUCAACACCUUCGGCCUCGAAUGGUCGCAGAAGUACCUCUUCACAUACGUCAACAGCCGUCUGUUGCAGGUCAUGUACACCAACUUCGAUGAGCCCAUGUGGCAGCGCGGUGACUUCCCCCAGGCCAACUCCAACGGCAGUCGCCUGACGGACGUCUGGAGUCAGACUGGCCGUGCCAACACGCCCUUUGACCAGAAGUUCUACCUCAUCCUGAACGUCGCCGUCGGUGGCACGAACGGAUGGUUCGAGGACGGCAAGUCCAACAAGCCCUGGCUCAACACCAGCCCCAACGCCAAGAAGGACUUCUGGACGGCUACCGACCAGUGGUUCCCCACCUGGACGCAGCCCGAGAUGACCAUCAAGAAGGUCUCCAUGUGGCAGCAGUGCGACGGUAACGAGGAGCUGUAA